CUUGUCUUCUUCACAACCAUUAUAUUUCGGCCCUAGGCUCCCGAAUUGUCUCGGUCUCCGAAGCCAUUUGAAAUCGUUAGGGUCCGACGGCAUCGAGCUCCCUGGCUAUCGACGGGUUGGUUGGCGUAUCUUAACUUCGGCUCCUGUUGACAUGGCGGGUAAAAUUACUGCAUCGGGAUUGUUCCAGAAAUACUACAACAUCCAUCCAUACAGCAUUCUACAAAAAACCAUAUUCGCCGGUCGUAUUGUUAUAAAUAACCCGUCAGAUUAUUAACUCACUACGUAAUUACAACAGACGCAGAAGCUCCAUCACGUUGCUUUUUAUUUUUAUUUUUAUUUUCCUAUUUACCUAUAUCAUUUUCGCCAUGCCCGCAGGUCUCGACUAUGGCAACCCCGUCUCUUCAGGGAAAUGAACGCGCAAUUGAGUACUUCCAACUGGGCCCGUUCACUGUUCCAAGACUGUUCAUCGGGUUAUGGCAGCUGUCAAGUCCAGCAUGGGGGUCUGCGAGUAAGUCGAAGAUAUUGAGCCAAUUCCAGAAACAUGUCGACUCGGGCUUUACAGCGUUUGAUAUGGCUGAUCAUUACGGCGAUGCCGAAAUUGUAUUUGGCGAAUUCCGGCUUUCAUACUCAGGGCCUAAAUCCAUCUUCUGCGCCACCAAGUACUGCGUAUUUGAGCAUAUCACAGUGACACCAGAUGGAAUGCGUGAUGCCGUCUCACAACGCCUGGCAAAUAUAAAAUCGGAUAAAAUCGAUUUGCUCCAGUUUCACUGGCAUGAUUAUAAUGACGCACAAUAUAUCCGCGCCCUUCAACUCCUCCAGAACGACGAGCGCGUGGCAGUGCUGGGUCUAUGUAAUUUUGACACGAAGAGAAUGGAAGAGGUUAUUGGUGCUGGUGUGAAGAUCGCCACAAAUCAAGUGCAGUUCUCACUCAUCGACACUCGGCCAAAGUACGCCAUGGCAGAAGUAUGCGAGAAGCAUAACAUCAAACUUCUCACAUAUGGGACAUUGUGCGGCGGCUUCCUCUCCGAAAAAUGGAUCGGAAAAGAUGAGCCAGAUGCAUUUGGCGCAGGGAUGACUCCCAGUCUGCGAAAGUACCUCGAAAUGAUAAACAUAUGGGGCCCCUGGUCCCUCUUCCAAACCCUCCUCAAAACCCUCUCCACCAUCGGCCGCAAACACAAUGCAAGUGUCUCCGCGGUAGCGAUACGGUGGGUGCUCGACUUCAGCUACGUGGGUGCCGUACUUGUUGGAGCACGCAUGGGUGUUAGUGAGCAUACGGAGGAUAACUUGGCGGUGUAUGAGUGGCACUUGGAUGCGGAGGAUAAGAGAAUGCUGGAGGAGGUCCUGUGCCAGAGCCGAAGGGGGGAAAUAUUUAGGGAUAUGGGAGAUUGUGGGGCGGAGUAUCGGAGGUGAAUUAAAUGUUCUUUACAAAGCUUAUUAGCUAUUUAGUAACAAGCCCAGCAAGUUUGGGAAGUAUAUGUAGGGAAGUGAGGAAGGUAUGCGGUGCCAGAUGAAAGAGAAAUACGCUUGUAUAAAAAUAAAGGUCGUUUAGGAACACCUCUAUUAAACAGGAGCAAGAGCGACAACAAUAAAAAAAAAAAAUUUCAAUCUCGGCAUGUACCGUAGCCCAACCCUAAAAGAACGCUCGGAAGAUCCCUUCUAGUAAAAUGUAAUCCCCAAAAAGAGGAAAGCAUUAAACACAGGAACCAUGAUGUAGGACGGUGCAAAAAAGAAUAACUUGAUUGCAAUUUCCCC